UCCUUAGCAGGGAACUUCUUACUUUUAACUUUGAAGAUGGAUAUUCCUGCUAGCACAUUAUCACCAUCACCACCGCCUUACACACAGUCAGCUGCCAUACAACCAGCAGUUUCCAAAGGUGGUCCCGUGGUUUCACAACAGAACACAGGAAACAUCUCUGUAAAUGUCAGCUGUGCUCCGAGUCAACAAGAACCUAAGCUCAAAUCUGAAAGCAUCUCCCAGCCUCAAUAUGUGCCACAGGUUCAAACCUUCCCUCAACCUCAAAUGAACCAGGUUCCAUUCCAACAGCCUCAGUUCCAACAGGUUCAAGUCCAACAGCCUCAGUUCCAACAGGUUCAAUUCCAACAGCCUCAAUACGUUGUCAAUCAGCAACCUGUCAUAUGCAGUGGGAAUCUGGGUCCAGAACCUUGCUUAACAACCUGCACCAAUUGUAGGGAGAGAAUCACAACUAAUGUGAUCUAUAAGCCUGGGGCUCUUACAUGGGUGGUAUGUUUGACGCUCAUCCUAUUUGGCUUUGUGUUUGGAUGCUGCCUGAUCCCGUUCUGUAUGGACAUCUGCCAGGAUGCUUAUCACAGCUGCCCAAAAUGCCACACCAGCCUGCAUGUUCACAAACGGCUUUAAACUGCCUGUCCUGCUGGAUACUCCACACAUUUACAGUGUGUAUAUGAUCACUACACUGGUGCUGGUCUAAUGAAACUCACUGUUCCACAAUUAUAAUGUAUUAAGUAACCAUAAUUAAUCCAGUGUUCCACAAUUAAAAUGCAUUUACUAAUCAUUAUUAAUCCAGUACAAUGUGCAAUUGAAAAUAAUAUAUGUAUUGAAAAAUUCCAUUCAAAUAACAAUUGUGACCAAUAAAUGAACUUUGAAUUUU